GGUGGUGGUUGCUAAUAUGCGCCGGUUCGGCAGCGCGUCGCCGUCCGCCAUGGCAGAGAGGGAUCAACAUUACUAUUCGAAGAAGUUCGCCGGUUCUACUUCGUCUCUAGCUUAUCGUCUCAUUUUUGCUUUUAUCUGCCUAGCUUCUCCGUUCCUGUACUUCUCCGUCUUCCGGAACGACGUGGUGUUGCCGUUGGUAACCUACUCUGCGGUGCGUGAGAAUAGGAAAGGUAGCUGCAAUUACACUGAAGGGCGGUGGAUCUACGAUCCAACGAUGAGAUUCGAACGGCGUUACGACCACACCUGCAAGGAGAUCUUCAAAGGGUGGAACUGCAUCGCGAAUAACAAAUCCAACGCCAUUGAGAUUCCCAAGUGGCGGUGGAAGCCCUACGGCUGUGAUCUCCCGCCGUUUGAUCCGUUGAAGUUCCUGGAGAGAUUUCGAGAUACCAAUAUUGGGUUUGUUGGGGAUUCCUUGAACAGAAACAUGUUUGUUUCUCUGUUCUGCACUUUGAGACGAGUGUCCAGUGAGGUUAAAAAGUGGCGCCCUGCUGGAGCUGACCGUGGUUUCACGUUUUUGAAGUACAACCUCACCAUUGCGUAUCAUCGAACCAAUCUUCUGGCUCGUUAUGGUAGGUGGUCAGCCAGUAAGGAUGGCGGUACAUUGGAGUCACUUGGUUAUAAGGAAGGUUAUAGAGUCGAUGUUGAUUUACCAGAAGGAACUUGGGUAGAAGCUCCAAAAUUUCACAACAUACUCAUCUUCAACACAGGACACUGGUGGUGGGCUCCUUCAAAGUUUGACCCUGUGAAAUCACCUAUGCUUUUUUUUGAGAAAGGCGUGCCCGUGAGCCCCAUGAUCACACCUGAUGCCGGCCUUGAUAUGGUGUUAAGACACAUGGUAUCGUAUGUCGAGAAAAAUGUCCGACCAGAUGCAAUUCUCUUCUUCCGAACCCAAUCCCCAAGGCAUUUCGAAGGGGGGGAUUGGGAUCAAGGCGGUUCUUGCCCCCGACUCCAACCUCUGAUGCCUCAAGAAGUGGACAAACUAUUCGGCGUUGAACACAAUGGAACAAAUGUGGAGGCACGGCUUGUGAACAGCCACCUACACGGCUCCCUCACGGGCUCAAGAUUUCGAACAUUAGACAUCACACACUUGAGCGAGUAUCGAGCUGAUGCUCAUCCAGCCAUGGCCGGUGGGAAACUACACGACGACUGCAUGCACUGGUGCUUACCAGGUAUUACCGAUACUUGGAAUGACUUACUCGAUGCACAUUUAUCUUGAGUCCGUGCCUUAUAUAGCAUGUUCUUGUUUUGAUCUUUCAGUUCAUGUUAUUUCCCAUUCAAUUAUACUGCCAUUUGUUCCAUUUUUAAGGUUUUAGAUGGAUAGAUAGAUAUAGAUAUAGAUAUUUUUCCAUCCUGUAAUUUAUAUAGAUGAGGAAAUGUUGAUUUUGAGAUGCAAUCAGAUGUGUUCAUUCAUAUUCGAGAUGCGUGGUUUUGUUAAAGUUGUGUAAUGUUA